UCCUGUUAUAUCUUACCCGGCACAACAGAGUGUUUCAAGAUCCUGGGCUGUGAGACGCUGGUGCACUUCCUUGCUGUAACGUCGCCUUCUGGAAAGGAAGCCGAUGAAUCUUUUUCUGCCAAGCAAUGGAUGGCCAAGCAUCCCUUCACUUUCACCACCGAUCGCUAUGAUCAAAAUGAAUUCAUUGACUUCCAUUCGUUCUCUUUUUGCAAUGUUGAAAGUGAUAGAACUGUCUACAAGGUAAUUCCUACGCAAGCGGAUAAACGCAUUAUCAUUUUUAUAGCGAGCACGAUGAAGCUGGUAGUGGACUUUAUUCGUCAGUUCUCGCUUUCUACAAAAUUCAUACCAGAGGUUGUUGAACCAACAGGUUUGCUGCUCUAUGGCCUUCAAGGUUGCGGGAAAAGUCGAGUUCUUGAAGUGGUCUCUCGUGCCGACGUUGCAUGCGACGAUGUGCUGGUUUUCAAGUGCUACGUAAUUUAUUAA